GCGGCUCGCAUCCAGCUCCCUCACACAAAGCCCAGACGCGGAGAAAAUGGCGGCAGGGGUCGAAGCGGCGGCCGAGGUGGCGACGACGGAGACCAAAAUGGAGGAGGAGAGCGGCGCGCCCGGCGUGCCAAGCGGCAACGGGGCUCCGGGCCCGAAGGGUGAAGGAGAGCGACCUACUCAGAAUGAGAAGAGGAAGGAGAAAAACAUAAAAAGAGGAGGCAAUCGCUUUGAGCCAUAUGCCAAUCCAACUAAAAGAUACAGAGCCUUCAUUACAAACAUACCUUUUGAUGUGAAAUGGCAGUCACUUAAAGACCUGGUUAAAGAAAAAGUUGGUGAGGUAACAUACGUGGAGCUCUUAAUGGACGCUGAAGGAAAGUCAAGGGGAUGUGCCGUUGUUGAAUUCAAGAUGGAAGAAAGCAUGAAAAAAGCUGCCGAAGUUCUAAACAAGCAUAGUCUGAGUGGAAGACCACUGAAAGUCAAAGAAGAUCCUGAUGGUGAACAUGCCAGGAGAGCAAUGCAAAAGGUGAUGGCUACGACCGGUGGGAUGGGUAUGGGACCAGGUGGCCCAGGAAUGAUUAAUAUCCCACCCAGUAUCCUAAAUAAUCCUAACAUCCCAAAUGAGAUUAUCCAUGCAUUGCAGGCUGGAAGACUUGGAAGCACAGUAUUUGUAGCAAAUCUGGAUUAUAAAGUUGGCUGGAAGAAACUGAAGGAAGUAUUUAGUAUGGCUGGUGUGGUGGUCCGAGCAGACAUUCUUGAGGAUAAAGAUGGAAAGAGUCGUGGAAUAGGCACUGUUACUUUUGAACAGUCCAUUGAAGCUGUGCAGGCUAUAUCUAUGUUUAAUGGUCAACUGCUAUUUGAUAGACCAAUGCACGUGAAAAUGGAUGAGAGGGCCUUACCAAAGGGAGAUUUUUUCCCUCCUGAGCGUCCACAGCAACUUCCCCAUGGACUUGGUGGUAUUGGCAUGGGGUUAGGCCCAGGAGGACAGCCUAUUGAUGCCAAUCACCUGAAUAAAGGCAUUGGCAUGGGAAACAUAGGACCCGCAGGAAUGGGAAUGGAAGGCAUAGGAUUUGGAAUAAAUAAAAUGGGAGGCAUGGAGGGACCUUUUGGUGGUGGUAUGGAAAACAUGGGUCGAUUUGGAUCAGGGAUGAACAUGGGCAGAAUAAAUGAAAUCCUAAGUAAUGCACUGAAGAGAGGAGAGAUCAUUGCAAAGCAGGGAGGAGGUGGAGGUGGAGGCAGUGUCCCUGGGAUCGAGAGGAUGGGCCCUGGCAUCGACCGCAUUGGGGGUGCCGGCAUGGAGCGCAUGGGCGCAGGCCUGGGCCAUGGCAUGGAUCGUGUGGGCUCUGAGAUCGAGCGCAUGGGCCUGGUCAUGGACCGCAUGGGCUCCGUUGAGCGCAUGGGCUCCGGCAUCGAGCGCAUGGGUCCACUGGGCCUCGACCACAUGGCCUCCAGCAUCGAGCGCAUGGGCCAGACCAUGGAGCGCAUCGGGUCUGGCGUGGAGCGCAUGGGUGCCGGCAUGGGCUUCGGCCUUGAGCGCAUGGCCGCGCCUAUCGACCGCGUAGGCCAGACCAUUGAGCGCAUGGGCUCUGGUGUGGAGCGAAUGGGCCCUGCCAUCGAGCGGAUGGGCCUGAGCAUGGAGCGCAUGGUGCCCGCAGGCAUGGGGGCUGGCCUGGAGCGCAUGGGCCCUGUGAUGGAUCGCAUGGCCACCGGCCUGGAGCGCAUGGGCGCCAACAACCUGGAGCGCAUGGGCCUGGAGCGAAUGGGCGCCAACAGCCUGGAGCGCAUGGGCCUGGAGCGAAUGGGCGCCAACAGCCUGGAGCGCAUGGGUCCUGCCAUGGGUCCAGCCCUAGGCGCCGGCAUUGAGCGCAUGGGCCUGGCCAUGGGUGGCGGUGGCGGUGCCAGCUUUGACCGCGCCAUCGAGAUGGAGCGUGGCAACUUUGGAGGAAGCUUCGCAGGUUCCUUUGGCGGAGCUGGAGGCCAUGCUCCUGGGGUUGCCAGGAAGGCCUGCCAGAUAUUUGUGAGAAAUCUCCCAUUUGAUUUUACAUGGAAGAUGCUAAAAGACAAAUUCAACGAAUGUGGCCACGUGCUGUAUGCCGACAUCAAGAUGGAGAACGGGAAGUCCAAGGGGUGCGGUGUGGUUAAGUUUGAGUCGCCAGAGGUGGCUGAGAGAGCCUGCCGGAUGAUGAAUGGGAUGAAGCUGAGUGGCCGAGAGAUUGAUGUUCGAAUCGAUAGAAAUGCUUAAGCAGUUGCCUUUUUUAAACAUCGAUACCAGACCUCUGAAUUUGUAUUUUUUCUUGUUAACCAUUUUAAUUUGUUGGCUGGAUGUAUAAAGAUGUUUAAAAAAUUCAGUUGCUUUUUGGGGUAAUUUGAAUUACUUUUUUAAUGACUGGGGUUCCAUUUGACUGUUUGCAUUGAGAUUGCAAUGUGCGCAAUUUUUUUUGUAGUUGUGGCAUCUUGUUGACAUCGAAUAUGACUUUGAUAAUAAAUACCAGUUCCUGAAAAGA